AUGGGUCGGAAGAAGAUUGACAUCUGGGCGACACCAGCCGACCCACAAAUAACCUGUAGACUACUCGGCCUCUCACCAGAACUUCGCAACAUAACCUGGGAGUUCACAGUCAGCGUUGAGCCAGACUCGGACUUUACGGUUAGCUUCACAAAGCCAAGUUACGUCCCAUCAGGACAUAGUACGUGGGAUUCAGCAUCUGAGUACCUAGUCGAUGUGCAGAAGGUGUAUGCAUCCAGACAAGAGCGUCGAAGCUCUUUGAUGCGCAAGCGCCUCAAAGUAAGUAACAACCUCAUCUUCGGAAUACGAAAUGCAGGGCAGCAAGUGACUUCGAACAUCACACUUGAGAAAGUCGCGAAAAUCGAUUGUGCUUCGGUGACGCAAGAAAUGUCUUCGGCGGUGCAUGGAGAAAUGACACGGCAUGCAGUAUCUGACCGGUUUGAAUAUAGCAAGCACUACAAGAUUCUGGUUGAAACAUUGGCAGUCUCAGAUAGUGACCCUUUGGAGCUUCGAAUCGGGCUGCACCAAGAAUUUUCAUCCGCUUCUCUCGCAUUCACGUCUGUGCUCAGCAGCAUAGUUGUUGAUUUGAUUGUGGUUAUGAUUCCCGGCAAAAUAAUUGUGAUUAUAAUCACGCAAUCACUUCCUCCGACGAGGAUAGACAAUGAGACUACACUACUAUAUCCGCAUUAG